AUGGAGAGAGAGCUUGAAAAAAUAAAAGAGGAGAACAAAAUACUAAAAGAAGCUAACGAGGAUAUGAAAAGAGACUGCGAUCUCCUGAGCGAGAAAUACAUAUUAGAAUUUAACAAAUGUAGGGAAGUAGUCGAAGAACUAAAAGCCGGGCUUGAUAAAGCCCAAAUGGACAGCGUGGCCAAAGAUAUCCAAAUAGCUGAACUAACAGCUAAAAUUUCAACUUUGGAAAAUAAAAACAAGGACGAGAAAAAAGGAAAGGAAGAAAAGGAAAGCGAAGACAAAAAGGAAAAACAAAAGAAAAGCGAAAAGAACCAAGGAAAAAACAUCCCUGAACGAGAGAAUGAUAAAAAGCACAGAUCUAAAGGCAACCAGGCGGCCAAAAGCCCUGGAGGUAAGCUCCGAAGCAGAAACUGA